AUGUUGGUGACACCGUCGCUUGUCACACUGUCAUACCAUGUUGGUGACACUGUCGCCUUGUCACAAUCUGCAUACCAUGUUGGUGGCAAAAACGUUCGCUUGUCACACUGCAUACCAUGUGGAUACACCUAUCGCUUGCCACAAACUGUCAUAUACCAGUUGGUGACACCGUCGCUUGUCACACUGUCAUACCAUGUUGGUGACACCGUCGCUUGUCACACUGUCAUAUCAUGUUGGUGGCACCGUCGCUUGUCACACUGUCAUACCAUGUUGGUGGCACCGUUGCUUGUCACACUGUCAUACCAUGUUGGUGGCUCCGUCGCUUGUCACACUGUCAUACCAUUACUGCGAGAGGUAGAGGGUCAGGAGGCCAAACACAAACAUCCCGGUCUCUUCAGUGCUUCUGUCUCCCAAUCUCUGUCGCAGGUGAUUGGUGGGUUCCUGCUGGUGGUGACCUCGACGGGGAAGGUGGCAUACGUUGCUGAAGCCAUCGAACACUUUUUCGGUCACACGCAGGUGGAUCUUCUUGGGAACAGCAUAUACAAUGUCAUUCAUCCCGAGGAUCGCCACAUCAUGGAGGAGCAGUUGAGCUCAACUGGUGCAGUAACAAAGCUUCCUGUUUUACUCUCAUUAAGCAUUUUGUUGACAGUGUUCAGCAGCAGUAAAGGCCAAGGCAUAGUUUCAUACAGACUGAGGUGUAAAGAUGGAACACAUGUUACACUAAGAUCACGGGGAUACAUCGAAGUUAACCAAACUGGCCAAGUGGAAACCUUUGUAUGCAUCAAUACAGUGGUCAGUACAAAGGAAGCAAAAGAUGAAAUAAAAAAUCAAAGGCGAAACCUCUUGCCCCUGAUCAUUAGUGAGGGAGGUGAAGAUCACUUGUCGUCUGUCUCAUCCUCGAUACCUUCAGAACUAAUAGCAGUGUUGAAAGAAAGAAUGAAUCCAGAAAACAUACAGAAAAUUAUUGAUAGUAUUGAUCCUGAUCUCAAUAUAAAGUCUUCCAUUGAUACAAUGGCAUCCCAGGACACUUCAUUUUCUCCUAAAAUUACCCCAGGAAGAAUUAUUGAAUCUUUUUCUACCCAGGUAGUAACAAAUAUAGAAGAUGUGCAACUUACAGAUAAUAGAAAAGGCUGCUCUAAUAGUAAGAAUAUUGUACCACAAAAUGAAAUACAAAAAUCACAAACUGUAGCUGAGGAUAUCACAUGGUUACAAGUAGCAAGGAAACGAGGGUCAGAUGAAGACCUGUGCAAUGUACCACUUAAGAAGUUGAGUUCAGAGCCAGUAUCAACACCAGCAAGAUGUCAGUCUGCUAAUACAUCACACAGCACACAAGUUAUUAUUGACCAUGACUUGAAUUUUGAUUACACAAGCUCGAGUUUAUUUACAUCACUAGUACAUGAUCAGUGCUCCAUCCAGCCAAUACAUAAUACCCUGCAAGAAAACAUUACUGAUCUCUCAUUACCAGUAGAUAUUGAGACAAAAGUCAGUGGUAGUAUGAUGGAUACCCAGACUCAGCCGAACAUAGUUUCCACUUGCAAUGCAAAUUAUGAUCUUCAAGUUGAGUACAACAGUGAAAUCUCUUCAACUAUUCCCCAACAGUUUAGAAAUUUUGCAACUGAAUCUACAGACAGUUACCAACCAUUCAAUACUGGCAUUAUGACCAAUGCCAAUGACAGUUCUAUGAACUGUAGCAAUAAUAUUCAAAUUAAUGAUCGAAAUUAUAGAUAUGAAGGUGUACCAUCAGAAUUUAACAAUCAGAGGAGUUCCCCUUUAAAUAAAAGCACUAAUUUAAUUCAGCAUCAGAAUGGGAAUGAAAUAGUAUCUUCAUCUAACCAGGAUUUACCUAUGAUUGGUCAAAGUCAAGUUUAUUCUCAGAGUGUGAUUUCCCCUGAGCACCUUACCCAGCACCCAGAUGAAUACCACCUCUUGUAUAAUCAAAAGCUUGUGCCUCUUCAAAAAAAUAUUUGUUCAGAUCAGAUGAACAAUUUGCAGUCCUCACAGUUGGUAGAAGUAGGAGGAAAUAUCCCAAGACAGCAGCAGGAAAGACCACAUAUGAAAGAGUGCCAUCAUCACCAGCCAUCUCCCUAUCAUCAAUAUCAAAACAAAGUACAAAAACCAAAUGAUCAACAAAAUCAAAAGCCAUAUCAAAGCCAUCAACUACAUGAAUGUAAUUUACAACAACAGCACCAUUUGCAGCAAAUGCAGCACAUACAUGAGCAGUGUGAACAUCAAGAACAGCAGCAUGAUUUUUUUCCCCACCAAGGGCAGCAACACUGUGAACAAUGUCAUCAAAAGCAGCUUCAUGAAAAAGUUUUCCACCAAAGGCAGCAACAGCAGGAGCUGUAUCAGCAACAAAGACAGCAACCAUGUGAUGAUCAGUAUUUGCAACAAGACCAUAAACAGCAUGAACAAUAUUAUCAACAUAAACAGCAUGAACAAAUGUUGCUACAAGGUCUUCAACAACAGCCUUUACAACAGGGACAUCAGCUGCAAUGUGAGCCACAUCUGCAAGAAAGACAAGAGCAGCAGCAUUUGCAGCAGAAACAGAAACAGCAUGAACAUUAUUUACAACAAAGACAGGAACAACAGUGCCUGCAUCAAGUACAGCAACAAAAUUUUGAAAGCAAUGUACAUUAUGAAGAGAACUAUCACCAGCAGCAGACUGAACAGCACCUGCAGUUAAAACAUCAUCCAGACCAGUGGCAGAGAGACUGUCAUUUAAACCAAACACCAGAAAUAAGAAAAAGCUUUAAAGGACCUCCAGUCAUUUUCACACAUUGCUCAACUUCAUCAGUAACACAGCAAGAUGAAGAUAACCAGGUGUGUGAGGGCUCAUCUGUGACAGUUUUAGACAAUAACUUUUUCUCUCAGUAUGGAGUGAACUUCCAGCCUCAGAUUUCUGAUCAACUUUCAGGUACAUCUUCAAAUGUCUUUUGACACCGUUAACUGUUGAAUGUUCCAGGAUUCAAUCCCUGAAGGUUGGCAAGAGCCCAGAAGGAACAAGUCAUUUGCUCAAAUAUAAUGUAGCAUUUGCAUUGAUUAAAGAUUUUGAAGGUUCAUUAAAAAAUGAUAAAAUUAAUAUUUUUAUGUAUAAAUAGAUUUUAGCUUAUGACAAAACGAUGCUUGUGAAACUUAGCCAUAUCCUGUUCAUAACAUGAAUGAGCAAUGCAUUAAAUGUAUAUAUUUUACAAA